AUGGCCGCGCGCGGCCGGCGCUGGCUCAGCGUGCUGCUCGGGCUGGUGCUGGGCUUCGUGCUGGCCUCGCGGCUGGUGCUGCCCCGCGCCUCCGAGCUGAAGCGAGCGGGUCCACGGCGCCGUGCCAGCCCCGAGGGCUGCCGGCCCGGCCCGGCGGCGGCGGCGGCGGCUCCCCAGGCCGGCGGGGCGCGCAGUGAUGCGCGCGGGGCGCAGCUCUGGCCGCACGGCUCGGCCGCGGAUGGCGGCCCGCGGGACAAGAACUUUCUCUUCGUGGGAGUCAUGACCGCCCAGAAAUACCUGCAGACCCGCGCUUUGGCUGCCUACAGAACGUGGUCCAAGACAAUUCCUGGGAAAGUUGAAUUCUUCUCUAGUGAGGGUUCAGACACAUCUCUACCAAUUCCCAUAGUGCCACUACGGGGCGUGGAUGACUCCUACCCCCCCCAGAAGAAGUCUUUUAUGAUGCUCAAGUACAUGCAUGACCACUACUUGGACAAAUAUGAAUGGUUUAUGAGAGCAGAUGAUGAUGUUUACAUCAAAGGAGAUCGGCUAGAGAAUUUUCUGAGGAGUUUGAAUAGCAGCGAGCCCCUCUUUCUUGGGCAGACGGGACUGGGCACCACGGAAGAAAUGGGAAAACUGGCCCUCGAGCCUGGUGAGAACUUCUGCAUGGGGGGGCCUGGCGUGAUCAUGAGCCGGGAGGUACUUCGGAGAAUGGUCCCACACAUUGGCAAGUGUCUCCGGGAAAUGUACACCACCCACGAGGACGUGGAGGUGGGAAGAUGUGUCCGGAGGUUUGCAGGGGUGCAGUGUGUCUGGUCUUACGAGAUGCAGCAGCUUUUCUAUGAGAAUUAUGAACAGAACAAAAAGGGGUACAUUAGAGAUCUCCAUAACAGUAAAAUUCACCGAGCCAUCACAUUGCACCCCAACAAAAACCCGCCCUACCAGUACAGACUCCACAGCUACAUGCUCAGCCGCAAAAUAGCCGAACUUCGUCAUCGCACAAUACAGCUCCACCGAGAAAUCGUCCUGAUGAGCAAAUACAGCAACACCGAGGUUCAUAAAGAAGACCUCCAGCUGGGAAUUCCUCCUUCCUUUAUGAGGUUUCAGGCCCGCCAACGAGAGGAGAUUCUGGAAUGGGAGUUUCUGACUGGGAAAUACUUGUAUUCAGCAGCUGAUGGCCAGCCCCCUCGAAGGGGCAUGGACUCUGCUCAGAGGGAAGCCUUGGACGACAUUGUCAUGCAGGUCAUGGAGAUGAUCAACGCCAACGCCAAGACCAGAGGGCGCAUCAUCGACUUCAAGGAGAUCCAGUACGGCUACCGUCGGGUGAACCCCAUGUAUGGGGCCGAGUACAUCCUGGACCUGCUGCUUCUGUACAAAAAGCACAAAGGGAAGAAGAUGACGGUUCCCGUGAGGAGGCAUGCAUAUUUACAGCAGACUUUCAGCAAGAUCCAGUUUGUGGAACAUGAGGCAUUGGACGCAAAGGAAUUGGCCAAGAAAAUCAAUCAAGAGUCUGGAUCCUUGUCCUUUCUCUCGAAUUCCCUGAAGAAGCUUGUCCCCUUUCAGCUCCCUGGGUCGAAGAAUGAGCACAAAGAACCCAAAGAUAAAAAGAUAAAUAUACUGAUUCCUUUGUCUGGACGUUUUGAUAUGUUUGUGAGAUUUAUGGGAAACUUUGAGAAGACGUGUCUUAUCCCCAAUCAGAAUGUCAAGCUUGUCGUUCUGCUUUUCAAUUCCGACUCCAACCCCGACAAGGCCAAACAAGUUGAACUGAUGAGAGAUUACCGCAUUAAGUAUCCCAAAGCUGACAUGCAGAUUUUGCCUGUGUCUGGAGAGUUUUCAAGAGCUCUAGCCCUGGAAGUCGGAUCUUCCCAGUUUAAUAAUGAGUCUUUGCUCUUCUUCUGCGAUGUUGACCUCGUGUUUACUACAGAAUUCCUUCAGCGAUGCCGAGCAAAUACAGUUCUGGGCCAACAGAUAUAUUUCCCAAUCAUCUUUAGCCAGUAUGACCCAAAGAUUGUUUAUAGUGGGAAAGUUCCCAGUGACAACCAUUUUGCCUUUACUCAAAAAACUGGCUUCUGGAGAAACUAUGGGUUUGGCAUCACUUGUAUUUAUAAGGGAGAUCUUGUCCGAGUGGGCGGCUUUGAUGUUUCCAUCCAAGGCUGGGGGCUGGAGGAUGUGGACCUUUUCAACAAGGUUGUCCAGGCAGGUUUGAAGACAUUUAGGAGCCAAGAGGUAGGAGUAGUCCAUGUCCACCAUCCUGUCUUCUGUGAUCCCAAUCUUGAUCCCAAACAGUACAAGAUGUGCUUGGGGUCCAAAGCAUCAACGUAUGGAUCUACACAGCAGUUGGCUGAAAUGUGGUUGGAAAAAAAUGAUCCAAGUUACAGCAAAAGCAGCAAUAACGGCUCAGUGAGGACAGCCUAAUGUCCAGCUCUGCUGGAAAAGACGUUUUUAAUUAUCUAAUUUAUUUUUCAAAAAAUUUUUGUAUGAUCAGUUUUUGAAGUCCAUACAAGGAUAUAUUUUACAAGUGGUUUUAUUACAUAGGACUCCUUUAAGAUUGAGCUUUUUGAACAAGAAUGUGAUCAAUGUUUGCCUUUGAACACAUCUUCUUGCUGAACAUUAUAUAGCAGACCUGCUUAAUUUUGACUUGAAAUGUACCUGAUGAACAAAACUGUUUUUAUAUAUAUUUUCCUUUCAGACCCCUUUGCUACAUCCUAUGACAGAAAACAUGGAACCUGCAAAGUAUUAUUGUAACAAAACACUGUAACUCUGGUACAUGUUUUGUUAUGACUGUUAACAUUCACAGAUUCUACCUUUUGUCUUUUUUACAACAAUUUUUUUUUAAAAAGCCAUUUCAUGUUCCAGUUGUAAGAUAAGGAAAUAUAAUAAUAACUGUAUCAUCAUCUUCAGGACAGCUUUCCAAAGUUGAUCAUUUGCCCCAAACUAGACUCUGCUCAUCACGGUCUUGUAGGUUCUCAAAAAGCAAGAAGAGUCAGGAAAGCACAGUGAGAUGCGUGGCCGUUCUUGUUGCAAUUCAUUUGGCCUAAGUGGACCUGGCAUUAAAUUUCAAGAAGGAUUUGAUAUUUUUUCUUUCUGACCCUUCUCCUUAAAGGGUAAAAUAUUAAUGUUUAGAAUGACAAAGAAGAAUUAUUGUAAUAAACCUAAUGUACGCAAGCUAAAACAAAAACAUACACCCCCUAAUGAAAACAUUGGGGGAAAGUGUAUUUGGUUUUGUCCAUUUCAUCCUGUCUGUGUGAUUUUUGGUAGAGAUGGUUUUCAUUCUUUAAUUGCUGUUUUUUAUCCUUUUGUAUCUGAGAUACCUUUAAUUUAUUUAAUAUCCAUUGUUCAGAGCUCUGCCAUUUCUUGAGUACCCGUUAGUUAUUAGUAUUUAUGUGUAUCAGGAGUGUUUUAGUAUGUUUUAUUUGCAGUAAACCGAUCUCCAAAGAUUUCCUUUUGAAAACGCUUCCCCCCCUCCCUUUAAUUUUUACAUUCCUUACUGUUUUACUAAAUAUUAAGUGUUCUUUGACAAUUUUGGUGCUCACGUGUUUUGGGGACAAAAGUAAAAUGAAUCUGUCAUUAUACCGGAAAGUUUGUUUUAAACUCACAGAUCAAAUGUGCCUUAAUAAAUUUUUUUUUUUCAUUUAGAUUUCAAACGGUGAUAGACUUGCCAUUUUAAUAUAUGUCAUUGGAGAUCUGCUUAUUUGUAAAUAGCGUAUUGCUCAUUUGGAAAAAUAAACCAGUGAACAAUAUUUUUCUAUUGUACUUUUCAGGACCAUUUUGUCUCAUUAUUCCUGUUUUAGCUGAAGAAUUGUAUUACAUUUGGACAGUAAAAAACUUAAAGCACG